AUGUCCGAUCAUCGAUGGAAAAAUCAGCAAUAUAAUUUUGACAAUUUGGGUCGAGCUCUACUAACACUAUUUGUUCUCGCAUUAAAAGAUGGUUGGAUACCAAGAAUGUAUAAUGAUAUUGAUGCAGUUAGUGUUGAAAUGCAACCAAUAAAGAAUUAUAAUGAAGCAACAUUAAUUUAUUUUAUAUCAUUUAUUCUAAUUGUCCGUUUUUUUCUUCUUAAUAUGUUCGCUGAAGAAGCUCGAAAUAAAGUAAAACAUGCAAAAAAAAUUGAACGUCAACAACGUCUUAUUCGUGAAUUACCAUAUUAUACACGUUUUCCACUAUGGCGUAAAUGUUUGCAUGAUGUAUAUAUUAGUAAAUAUUUUGAUUUAAUUAUUACUGCUAUUAUUAUUCUUAAUGUUGUUACAAUGUCACUUGAAUAUUAUUCUAUGCCAUCUGACUUAUAUAAGUUUCUUGAAUAUUGUAAUUAUGCAUUUACGGUUGUAUUCUUACUUGAAUUUAUAUGGAAAAUUGUUACACUUGGACCAUCACGUUAUUUUAAAGAUAAAUGGAAUCAAUUAGAUUUAUUUAUUGUACUUUUAUCAAUAGCUGGUAUUGUAAUAGACAAAAUGUUAAGUAGACAUAUUCUUCCAAUAAAUCCUAUACUUAUCCUAUUCAAACUACUGAAAAUAGCCACAGGUGUUCGAGCUCUAUUAGAUACUGUUGUUCAUUCUCUUCCACAAAUUGGAAAUUUGGGUCUUCUAUUCUUUCUUUUUUUCUUUAUCUUUACUACACUUGGUGUUGAAUUAUUUGGAAAAUUAGAAUGUAGUGAAGAACAACUAUGUAGUGGUCUUAAUAAACAUGCACAUUUUAAAAAUUUUGGCAUGACUCUUCUUACAUUAUUUCGUAUUGCAACAGGCGAUAAUUAG